UGAAUUCCUCUCACAUCUUUUUUUUUUUUCUAUACACUUUCAUGGUUUUAGACAACAGCGGGACUUUUAUUUUGGUCAGGGGUGUGACGUCAUAAAACUGCACCGCGCUACUGCCUACUGCAUCUGUUGUGAAUUCGCUAAAGAAAGGUUUAUUUUUCCAGAUAAAAUCCAGGAAGGUUGUAUUGAUUUCUUUUUAAAGUUUCAGCGCUGAUAUAUAUAUAGAGAGAGAUGGGUAAACAAAUCUGGAAAGGCUCUUAGCUUUGGAAAGCAAAACUCUCUCAAAAAAGUGUCCAAACACACAGGAAAAACUGCUGGUGAGGCACCUGAGAUCCACGUCACACUAUUAUAAAGAUGGCGUUUAUUAAAGAGGAGAGUGAAGAAAACAAGAUUGAAGAAACGUUCAGAGUGAAACAAGAAGAUAGUGAGACACAAACAGACCUGAUGACACUGAAAGAGAAGAGCCAAGAACUGAAUGAAAUGGAAGAGAAAAAUCAGAAUCAUCAUGUCUUCAUGAGUGAAGAAAAAUUUACACAGACUAAAAAGACAUCCUCACAAAAAACUUCUCAGAAGACCAAAUCUAACCGUGAUUACACCUGCCCUCAGUGUGGAAAGAGUUUUGGUCAAAAACAAAACCUUAAAGCCCACAUGAGAAUUCAUACUGGAGAGAAGCCUUUCACCUGCCAACAGUGUGGAAAGAGCUUCACUCAGAAAUGGAGCCUUAAAGUCCACAUGAGGAUUCAUACUGGAGAGAGCUCUUUCACUUGCCAACAGUGUGGUGAAAGAUUCACUCAGAAAGGACACCUUAAUGUCCACAUGAGAAUUCACAAUGGAAAGAGUCCAUUCACCUGCCAACAGUGUGGAAAGAGCUUCACUCAGAAAAGGAGCCUUAAAGUCCACAUGAGGAUUCACACUGGAGAGAGCCUUUUCACCUGCCAACAGUGUGGAAACAAGUUCACUCGAAAAGCAGCCCUUAAAAAGCACAUGAAUAUCCACACUGGAGAGAAGCCUUACACGUGCCAACAAUGUGGAAAGAGCUUCACAACAAAACUAAACCUUAUGUAUCAUAUGAACAUUCACACUGGAGAAAAGCCGUUCCCUUGUGAUCAGUGUGGAAAGUGUUUUAGCCGUAAAGUAACUCUUAAUCAGCACAUGAAGAUUCACACAAAAGGGGAUUGUUUUGUAUGUCAUCAGUGUGGAAAAAGUUUCACAGACAUGAAACGUCUUAACAUGCACAUAGCAAUUCACUCCGAAGAGAAACCUUUCAAAUGCCAGCAGUGUGGAAGGAGUUUCCGAUUAAAUAAACACCUUGAGGUUCACAUGAGAAUUCACACCGGAGAGAAGCCUUUCACAUGCCAGCAGUGUGGAAAAAGUUGCAAUCAUAAAGUUACCCUUAAGAUUCACAUGAAUCUUCACACUGGAGAGAAACCUCACAUAUGCUCUGAGUGUGGGAAAAGUUUCAGAUAUAAGGCAACCUUUAAUGCCCACAUGAGUGUUCACACUGGAGAGAAGCCUUACGGAUGCCCUCGGUGUCAACAGAGUUUUGCUUAUAAAUCAUCUCUUGAAACCCACAUGAGAAGUCACACUGGAGAGAAGCCGUUCCCCUGCAAACUCUGUGGGAAGAGCUUCUCAGAAAGAGGAAAUCUUAAAACUCACAUGAGAGUUCACACUGGAGAGAAGCCUUACACCUGCCCUCAGUGUGGAAAGAGUUUCACGGUUAAAGGAAACCUUAAGAGUCACAUAAGAGUCCACACUGGAGAGAGUAUUUUCUCUUGUCUUCAAUGUGAGAAAAGCUUCACACAGAAAAAAGACUUGAAUUGUCAUUUGCAAACUCAUUCUGUAAAGAAAUUGCAGUGCUCUGAUUGUGGUAAGAGGUUUAAAAAAAUUUGUUAUUUCAAAAAUCACCUUUGCAUUCACUCUGGAAGAAGAUUUAAUUGUGAUCAUUGUAAUAAAAAAAUUAUUUUGCCAUUACACUUACAGAUUCACCUGAAAAGUCAUGAAAAUGUGAAACCCUAUUUUUGUCAUUUGUGUGGAAAAAGUUUUAAAUGGCCCAGCAAUUUAAAAUGGCACAAGCAAAUACGCAUCUGUGUAAAAUCAAAACUAUGUUCAAAUCGCAGCUGAAUGUGGCUGAGAUAUGAUUGUUCUCCUUCAUUAUCAUUUUUAUUUGCAUCUUUCAUGUCUUUAUACUUUGCCUUGAGGCUUUUUAUUUUCUUUCGGUAUAUACAUAGUAUGUAUAUACUCCUGCAUCUACACCCAACCACCCCAUUGGCUAUAGUUUGAGUGGUUAUGGUAGACGCCCUUUAAUUUCAAUUGUAUAGAGACGUCACUCCAUUUCAUAUAUAUUGAUAACUAGCAUUUGAUUCUGAGGUAAACUUUUGUCUUGCUGUGCCAUGUAAAUGAAAGAUAAAUAAAAGGACACAACCUUAAUUGAAAGAUUGUGUAUUUUCAUCAUCUUUAGUCAGGUGCAUUUACAUUGUGACUCUGCAGUCAACUCUGUGUCUGUAAAGGUGUGAACCAAAUAGGCCAUACAGACGUCUGGCCCACAGAAACUGAUGGGUAUGAAGGACAAAGAAACAGCAUUGCUAAGAGUAGAGUGUAAGGUACAUCAAUCUCCUGUGGAAGGUCCUAACAGUUUUCUAUUGUUUGUAGCCCUUUUGUCUUCAUGUAUAAAGUUCUGUCCCACAGACAGAACUUUGGGUUAAGAUAUUUUGAAGGCCGACAUGCUGACAUUGCUGCUGAAGAACUGUGCUACACUACUACCUGCAAUAAAUUCUUC